AUACUGUAAUGUUAGAUAAUUCUCCAAAUAUUGUUCAGGAUGAAAUGCGAGACUUUUAUGCCUUUCUUGACGAUGAAGCUAAUGCCAAAAAAAAUUUAAAUGAACUUGAGCAAUUUCUUGCUGAUCCACUUUUCUCCUGUCCUCACUCUGGAAAAUUUGAUGUUCUAGCGUGA